UUACGAUCUUGUUGCCAAGCGCUGUCAACUAUCAUGGCCGACAGUGUGUUGUUUUUAUAAGUUUUAAAGUGUAGUUUAUUGUCGUCUCAAUUCAACCUGUGAUUUAUAAAACAUAAAGAGAAGUCAAAGGCUUCCUUGAGCCAGCAUCAUGUCCUACGGGCAGCCGCUGACCCAUCAAAGCCUAAACGGCCAGAUGAAUGUCUCAAAUGGCACUCAAGCAAAUGGACGAGUGAAUGGGGCCUCGCUGGACAGUCAGGUGAAUGGCGCUCCAGGAGGGCCCCUCUCCGGUCUCAAGGCUGUAGACCCUGAACAGCUGAAGGCUCGAUUGUACUCAUACGCCCCUCAACAAGCCUCAGUGAACCCCAAAGUAUUGAGAUUUAACCGCGUCACACAGACACAGAUGAGGAAGUCAAACAUCCCAACAGCUCCAAAACUAGAACCAGUGCCAAGCUUGCAAAAGUACCAGGAGCGAAACCAACCUGACUUUAUCCACAGACGAAACAAGGAGAGAAUCGAGGCUGAAAAAUUGGCAAAAAUGCAAGCAGACGAGCCCCAGAAGGGUAUGAAAAGGAAAAGCUUUGUUGCACCCCCUCUCGGUGCACCUCCGUCCCCACUGCCAGACCUCCCAGAUGACCUUCAACAGAAACAGGCUGCAUUAGGUCCACGCACACCUACUCCAGCCAAACAGUCCAAGUCAAGCACACCACGGGGUCGUGUUCAUGCCUCUGGGCCAGUCAUUCCACCAUCAACAAAGCCUAAACUUUUGGAGACGUAUGAAGGCCUACAGGACACAGGGAAGAUCACUGAUCUUAUCAAGGAGAAUGAAAGGAUAGGCUUCCUGUAUCUCAGCCCUGCUGUGCCCAAAUCCUCCGUCGAUUACCACUAUUAUAACCUCCGAGUGGUAAACCACGAGAAUAUCAACAAGACAGACCACUGCACGAUCAGUCAGAAAGGUGUGACCCGUAUCCGUAGUGAUGAUGAGACAGAGUUUGUUACCUUGGACCGGUGGGAGUUGGAGUACAAUUACUUCCGUAAACUCGUCAAGAUCCCAACAUUUGCACUGUUCAGGAAGUGGAAAGCGUUUAAUGUAUGGCGUGGAAAUGUGAAGUCGAAGAAGAUAGCACAGUGCAAGAAGGCUCUGAAUAACAAUCUGUUUAUUGUUAACCCGUCCCUGCGGCCGGCGCUGAUGAACGUGAGGGAGAUGUGUCACAGGAUCAGUGAUAUGGGACUCUGCAAGGUGGAGAAAGGUCACACCUACAGUCUACGUGAGUUCAAUGAGGCUCAGUUUACACAGUUGAGCGAAGUUGCGGGUCGAUUGAUGGAGUUCCGAGACCUUGUUAAGGAGGUGGUUAGAUCCGCGUGUAGAACAGCCCUGCUGGAAGCUGGAUUCACACCUGAUGAUUACUUCUACGAUGGAGGGGAAAGCCCUGGUGAGUUUGGUGGAGCCCCCGGAACAGCCUCCAGUUACCUCAUGCAGAGCAACUACGACAUGGAUAUCUACGGUGAGGCCCCUGACAAGAUGACGUACACCGAACAGGCAAACAAGAGAGAGCACUGUAAAAGGCUUACUUGCUUUAUCCGCCUGGCUGAUUACCUGAUAGUGAAUACAAUGCACGUGCUGGCCGUCAACUCUGUCUCCACACUGCUUAACUACCUGACGGAACAGCUUCAAAACACGCCUACCCUGGCCCAGAUACAGGGGCUGGAGGACGAGAACCAGGAGGAAGGAGGGAAGACGGAGGAAGAAAAGGACGAGGAUGAGAUCCCAGUGUUACCUCCCUUGUACAUCACAGAGUUUGUUCUGGAGCCGAACCAGCUUCUGUUCUCCCCCGAUAUUGAAGAGUUCCAGGAAGGGAUUGCUGAGGUGAUAAAGAGAUUCCAGGAUGCAGUCUUGAGCGUCCAAAACCUUGUCCCAGACACUUAUUUUGAUGCUUUCACAAGACCGAUCAUCAACAAUAAGUUUGAAGAGAAGAUGUGCGGGGAGGGACCAAGUCUUUCCACCAUGUUUGAGGAUGAUAAACACCUGCAGACAAUCAUACACUCCAUCAGGGAGGCGAUCACAGCUGCCUUUAGAGCUGCCAGCCAGUAUGCAGACACGUUUGAGACACACCGAGAAUUCUACAAGGAAAAUGAGAGUACUGAUCUUGAUGUUGUCAGGAAUGAAGACCAUGAGGUUUCCUGGUUCAGUGAGGCUCUGGAGCGUUACUACGGGCAACGCAAGCUUGCUGAGCAAAUUAAGGAGAAGCGACCAAUCGGAAUGCUGCUGGUUGAUGGUACAAACAUGAAGAAACUGAUCAUUCCUUCACCUCUCAGAUGUCUUGAUGUCGUGAAUGACAUGCUACCAAAACUGGCUCGCAAAGAGGUGGACAGACUCAUUGCAGAGUUACAGGAUGCCCAGUUUAGACUGGAGAGCGUACCCAGUACCACCAUUGAGUUUGUGAAGUCUCUCACCUUCCUGGAUGAAGUACAAGUCAGGAUUGAGCCACUUGAAAAGGAAUCCAUGAUUGUGAAGGACAUGUAUGACCUGAUCGAUGUAUUCCAAGUUCCAACACCACUGGAGGACUUUGCUGUUUACCAGACUUUGGGCCCAAGCAUCACAAAUGUCCGCAAUGCUAUAGACAAAUCCCUGGCAGACCGUGACGCCAACAUCGACCGAUUCUGCACCCAUCUGGACAAGGACAUCGCGGAACUCGCCAAGGAAGUGAAAGAAGUCAAACAGGAGGCACAGAAUCCAAUCAUCCUUGACGCAAACGCAGACAAGGAGAAGGUGAAACAGGUCCUGAAGAAGCUGCUGACUCAGAUGGACGACUUACAAGAAAGGGCGUUCACCUACAAGUCAUACCAGAAGAACUUUAAGGUUGAGGUGACCAAGUUUGAUGCCCUGGAAGAAGCACACGCAGAACUGAAACUGAAGGACCUGCUGUGGAAUGCCAUCGAUGAGUGGGACGGACUCCUGACAGACUGGACACAGGUUGGCUUUGAAACAUUGGACCCUGAGGGCAUGAACACUACAACAAUGAAAUAUGCCAAGUCUGUAAUGCAGCUGGAAAAGGGCUUACCUCCAAAUGCUGUUGUCCCAAAACUGAAGGAAAAGGUCGAGCUUAUGAGAGAGAGGUUGCCAGUGAUUACAGACCUGAGGAACCCUUGUCUCAAACAGCGUCACUGGGAUAUCAUAGAAAACACGUUAGAGUACAAGUUCACCCCCGAGGACCCGCUCACACUUGGCAAGCUCGUGGACAUUAAUGCCUUUAAACAAGCUGAGACGCUGCAGGAGAUAUCUGGUCAAGCAAGUUCCGAGGCCAGCUUGGAAGGAAUUCUGAGGAAGGUUGAGGACUCAUGGAAAGCCACUGAGUUCACAGUCUUGCAACACAAAGAUUCGAAGGAUGUUUUCAUCCUUGGCGGGACGGACGAUAUUCAACAGCUACUGGAUGACUCGAAUAUCAACAUUGCAACCGUCGCCAGCUCCAGACACGUGGGUCCUAUCAAGUCCAGGGUCGAUGAAUGGCAGAGACAGUUGGACCUGUUUGGAAAGACUCUGGAUGAGUGGCUGAAUUGCCAGAGAGCUUGGUUGUACCUCGAGAGCAUAUUCUCUGCCCCCGAUAUUCAGCGCCAGCUGCCGGCAGAGGCCAAGAUGUUCAUGCAGGUCGACAAAUCAUACAAGGACAUCAUGAGGAAGGUCAAUAAAGUACCAUCUGCUAUCCGUGCAGGCACACAGCCAGGGUUACUCGAGACAUUCCAGAACAACAAUGCACUGUUGGACCAGAUUCAGAAAUGUCUGGAGGCGUACCUGGAGUCCAAGAGAGUCAUUUUCCCGAGAUUCUACUUCCUGUCCAACGAUGAACUGUUGGAGAUUCUCGCUCAGACCAGAAACCCAUUGGCUGUACAGCCUCAUCUCAGAAAGUGCUUUGACGCUAUUGCCAAGCUGGAGUUUGGAAUUCAGCAGUCAGAUGGAAAAUCCACACCUGAAGGAGAGCCUCAUGAAAUUCAGUAUAGCAAUGACAUCCUGGCAAUGAUCUCCCCGGAGAAUGAGAAGGUCUCCCUCGGCAAGGGCCUGAAGGCGAGAGGAAAUGUUGAGGAAUGGUUGGGCAAGGUGGAGGAAGGCAUGUUCUCAAACCUCCGCAAACUGACCAAGUCUGCUAUCACCGACUUUGAAAGAAGGCCACGAUCAGAAUGGGUCGUCUCCCAUUGUUCACAAGUUGUGUUGACAGUUUCCCAAAUGGUUUGGUGCCGGGAUGUCACCGAGAUUCUAGAAGGAGAUUAUGACAGACUCGAAGGAAUGAGGGAAUUUGAGCAGAAAAAUUUCAGGGAUUUGAAUGAGCUUGCAGCCAUUGUCCGUGGAGAGUUACCUGCCCUGUCACGUGCGAUCCUCUGUGCCCUGAUCACCAUUGAUGUACACGGCAGAGACAUGAUAACUGGCAUGGUCAAAAGCAAGUGUGACUCCGUGGAUAACUUUGAGUGGCAGAAGCAGCUACGUUACUACUGGGACACGGAGCUUGAUAACUGUGUGGUCAAGAUGUCCAACUCCAAUUACAUCUACGGAUAUGAAUAUCUUGGGGCAUCUGCCAGGCUGGUCAUCACACCUCUCACUGAUCGUUGUUACCUGUGCCUGAUGGGGGCACUUCAGCUUGACCUGGGAGGAGCCCCUGCUGGACCUGCAGGAACCGGUAAAACAGAAACAACCAAGGAUCUCGCCAAGUCCCUCGCUAAACAGUGCGUCGUCUUCAACUGCUCCGAUGGUCUCGACUACAAGAUGAUGGGUCGCUUCUUCUCCGGUCUGGCAACCUCGGGUGCUUGGUGUUGCUUUGACGAGUUCAACAGAAUUGACAUUGAAGUACUCUCUGUGAUUGCUCAGCAGCUGAUCACCAUCAGAAACGCCAAGGCUGCAAAGCUGCAACGAUUCAUGUUUGAGGGACGUGAAAUAAAACUUGUGAUGUCGUGUGCCGCGUUUAUCACCAUGAACCCAGGUUACGCCGGCAGAACAGAAUUGCCGGAUAAUCUGAAGGCACUGUUCCGCCCUAUUUCUAUGAUGGUGCCAGACUACACCCUGAUUGCUGAAGUGAUUCUGUACUCUGAAGGAUUUGAGUCUUCAAAAACUCUCGCCCAGAAGAUGACACAGAUGUACAAGCUGUGCAGUGAGCAGCUGUCACAACAGGACCAUUAUGACUUUGGUAUGCGUGCCGUGAAGUCUGUGCUGGUGAUGGCGGGAGCGUUGAAACGACAGAAUCCAGACAAGAAAGAAGACAUUGUGCUCAUCAGGGCCCUGAGGGAUUCCAACCUUCCCAAGUUCUUGGCUCAGGAUGCAAUCUUGUUUCAGGCUAUCCUUUCUGACUUGUUCCCCGGGGUUCACAUCCCUGAACAUGACUACGGUAUUCUACAAGAGGAGAUUGAAAGUAUCAUCGCGGAAAAGAACUUUGUUGUGUUGCCAACACAGGUGAAAAAGAUCAUACAGUUCUAUGAAACUCUGGAGGUCAGACAUGGCGUCAUGUUGGUGGGACCGACAGGAGGAGGAAAAACAACAAUUUACAAGAUUCUUGCUGAGACCUGUGGCAACCUUCACGAGAAAGGUAUCAUAAAGCCGUUCUAUCAGCCUGUCCACACGUUCAUCCUGAACCCGAAGGCGAUCACGAUGGAAGAGUUAUAUGGUGGAAUCAACAAGCUCACCCUGGAAUGGCGUGAUGGCCUUAUGGGACUGACAGUCAGACACUGUGUACAGCAAUACAGAGAGGACACUUCCACGGACCACCAAUGGGUGAUCUGUGAUGGUCCAGUGGAUGCUCUGUGGAUCGAAAACAUGAACACUGUACUGGAUGACAACAAGAUGUUGUGUCUCGCAAACUCAGAGAGAAUCAAGUUUACGCCAUACAUUCACAUGUUGUUCGAGGUUCAGGACUUGGCCGUCGCCUCACCUGCCACUGUUAGCAGGUGUGGUAUGGUGUACGUAGAUGCAGAUGAACUCAAGUGGAUGCCGUUUGUGAAGACCUGGAUCCACCAGUUUGAGUCGAAACUCAAGGAAGAAGUUCGCACCUACAUUCUCGAUCUUUUUGAGAAAUACGUUGAAAAUGGUCUAAGAUUUGUGAGCAAGAAAUGUACACAGAUAAUGAACCAGGUGGACAUCGCCAAAGUCACGAUGCUGUGCAAAUUGUUGGAGUCCCUUCUGUUCGUGCGAGGUGGUCCCGACUUCUCGAUGGAUCCAAACAAGCUCAACAUCAUUAUCUGCACCACGUUUGUCUUCUGUUACCUGUGGAGUAUUGGUGGCAACAUCGUAGAGGCAAACUGGGACCAGUUCGACUCUUUCAUGCGCGGCAUGUUUGAAGACAAUGGUGACGCUAAGCUGCCAGUUGGCGGUGAUCUGUGGAGCUGCUUCGUUGACUUUGAGACCAAGCGUAUGGAUAUGUGGGAGAAAAUAGUCCCAGCAUUCAAAUACAACAAGGAAGUUCCAUUCUUUGAGAUGCUGGUCCCCACUGUGGACACAGUGAGGUUUGGUUACCUGCUGGAGAAGCUGCUGGCUGUAAGGUAUCCCGUGCUCUACACUGGCGAGACUGGUGUAGGAAAGUCCGUGAUUGCAAGGGGUCUUCUCAACAACAUUUCUGAAAAGGCUAGCUAUGUCCCAUAUUUCAUCAACUUCUCGGCGCAGACUUCCAGCAAGAGAACACAGGAGAUGAUUGAGAGCAAGCUGGAAAAGAAAAGGAAGACAGUGCUUGGCGCCCCUCGUGAUAAGAGAGUGAUAUUCUUUAUUGAUGACUUGAACAUGCCCAAACUGGACAGAUACGGCUCCCAGCCCCCGAUUGAACUGCUGCGACAGUACCAGGACUUUGGUGGCUUCUAUGACAGAGAGGUGCUCUUCUGGAGGGAGAUUCAUGAUGUAACCCUUGCUGCAGCUUGUGCUCCCCCGGGCGGUGGUAGAAAUAACGUUACCCCGCGAUUUAUCCGACACUUCGCCAUGCUGACGAUCCCAUCUCCGUCAGAACACAGCUUGAAACAUAUGUUCAGUCAAAUUCUGGCCGGUUUCUUGAUGGAUUUCCCGACCUCGGUGCGUCAGUGUGUGGAGCCGAUUGUAACCGCCGCUGUGGAGAUAUACGGGAGAAUGAGCACAGAUCUUCUCCCCACCCCGGCCAAGUCCCACUACGUGUUUAACCUCCGCGAUUUGUCAAAGUGUAUUCAGGGUGUGCUACAAGCUGACACAGGUGUUAUCCGUGACAACAAACAAAUGUUCCGACUGUUCUGUCACGAGGCCAUGCGUGUGUUCCACGAUCGUCUCAUCAAUAAAGAAGACAAGGGAUUCUUUAACACUAUCUUGUCAGAAAUGGCGGGAAAACACUUCUCUGAGGACAUAACACCAGAGUCAUUUACAACUCAUCCGAUUCUGUUUGGGGACUUUAUAAAGAUGGGAACAGAACGCCAGGACAGACUUUAUGAGGAGCUGGCUGAUCAUAAAAAACUUGCCAGUGUGUUGCAAGAUUACCUAGAUGACUUCAACAUGCAGUCAUCGAAGGAAAUGAAGCUGGUGUUCUUCAUGGAUGCAAUGGAGCAUGUCUCGAGAAUUGCCAGGAUGAUUCGGCAGGAAAGAGGCAAUGCCCUGUUGGUGGGAGUUGGUGGAACCGGCAAACAGUCACUGACUCGUUUAAGUGCCCACAUCUGUGGCUACCAAUGUUUCCAGAUUGAAUUGAGCAGAGGUUACGACUACGCCGCUUUUCAUGAUGACUUGAAGAAACUGUACAACCUUGCAGGAGUGAAGAACCAACAUACAGUUUUCCUAUUUACUGACACACAGAUUGUAGUUGAAGAGUUUUUAGAAGAUAUAAAUAACGUCCUAAACUCUGGUGAAGUGCCUAACUUGUUUGAGCCAGAUGAAUAUGAGCAGCUGAUUAUCGGUUGUCGUCCAGGCGCAAAGGAAGCUGGAAUCCCUGAAGGCAACAGGGACCUUAUAUUUGACUUCUGUAUUAACAGAGUCAGGAACAACUUACACAUUGUCCUGUGUAUGUCACCAGUUGGAAGUGCGUUCCGUACCCGCUGUCGAAUGUUCCCGUCCCUGGUUAACUGCUGUACUAUUGACUGGUUUACGGAGUGGCCUCGGGAAGCUUUACUCAGCGUAUCCAAGACAUUCUUUGAGGGCGUGCAGAUUGGAACUGAUGAAGUCAAGGAGAGCUUGUCGGAGAUGUGUGUUGAAAUCCACAUGAGUGUGACAGAGAUGGCCGACCGUUUCUUCAAUGAGCUGAAGAGGAAGUACUACACCACUCCAACCAGUUAUUUGGAACUGAUCAACCUGUACUUGUCCAUGCUGAAUGAGAAAACCAAGCAACUCAAGAGUGCAAAAGAUCGAGUCCACAAUGGUUUGAUUAAACUGCUUGAAACAAAUGAACUUGUCGAUAAAAUGAAGAAAGAGUUAGUGGCCCUUGAGCCAGAACUGAAGAAGAGGUCGGAGGACACAAACACUCUUAUGGAGAAAUUGGUCAUUGACCAGGAAAAAGCUGAUCAGGUACGUAAAGUUGUAAUGGAGGACGAGGCUGUUGCCAAGGUCAAGGCCGAGGAGACGCAGGCGAUUGCUGACGACGCACAACGUGACCUUGACGAGGCAAUUCCUGUACUGGAGGCUGCUAUUAAGGCUCUGGAUUCCCUCGAUAAGAGCGACAUUGCUGAGAUCAAGGUAUUCAGCAAGCCCCCUGAACUUGUGCAGACGGUCAUGGAGGCUGUGUGCAUUCUCCUCGGACAGAAGACUGACUGGGCUGCUGCAAAGGCCAUGUUGGGAGAUAGCAACUUCCUCAAGAAACUCAUGGAAUACGAUAAAGACAACAUCAAUGAAGGAAUUCUGAAAAAGCUAAAAAAAUACAUUGAUAAUCCAAAAUUCAUUCCUGAAGAGGUCGCUAAAGUAUCGAGGGCGUGUAGAUCAAUGUGUAUGUGGGUGAGGGCCAUGGAGACGUAUGCCCAUGUCUUUAGGACUGUUGAGCCCAAACGACAAAAGUUGGCCAAAGCACAAUCUGAACUUGAUGUUGUCAUGACGCUGUUGCGUGAGAAACAAGCUAAGCUUGCAGAAGUUGAGGCCAAAAUUGCAGAACUUCAAAAAACAUAUGAUGACUCUAUAGCUGAGAAACAGAAACUAGAGAGAAAUAUCGCUCAAACUGCAGCACGAUUGAAGCGUGCCGCUAAACUGACAACAGCUUUGGGUGAUGAACAAGUCCGUUGGAGCGAAACUGUUGAAAAUUUCAACAUUCAGAUCGGUAAUGUUGUUGGUGAUGUCUUUGUGUCAGCUGCGUGUGUUGCAUACUAUGGGGCAUUCACAAGUGUGUAUAGACAGGAGCUGGUCGCAGAAUGGACAGGUCGAUGCAAAGAAUUGAACAUUCCAGUUACUACAGGCAUGACGGUAAUAAAUGUUUUGGCUGACAACUUUGAGAUCCGCCAGUGGAACACAGAUGGAUUGCCUAAGGAUCUUGUUUCUACUGAGAACGCUAUCCUCGUAACCCGCGGAAGGCGUUGGCCACUUAUGAUCGACCCUCAGGAACAGGCUAAUCGUUGGGUCAGGAACAUGGAGGGCAAGAAUGGAUUGAAAAUCAUAAAACUGACAGAUGGGAAUUUCCUGAGAACACUGGAGAAUUGUAUCCGUAUCGGCAUGCCUGUCCUUUGUGAAGAUAUUGCAGAAACUCUAGAUCCAGCCCUGGAGCCUGUAUUGCUAAAACAGACCUUUAUGUCAGGUGGUCGUCUGCUUAUCCGACUGGGCGACAGUGACAUUGACUAUGAUCGCAACUUCAAGUUCUACAUGACAACCAAGAUGUCCAACCCUCACUAUCUACCCGAGGUCUGCAUUAAAGUCACCAUCAUCAACUUCACUGUCACAAAAUCUGGUCUGGAAGAUCAGCUUCUGGGUGAAGUUGUAAGCCUGGAACGACCAGAGCUAGAAGAACAGAGAAACCAGCUGAUCAUGAAGAUCAACGCUGACAAGAAUCAGCUGAAGGCCAUUGAGGACAGGAUUCUCAAGCUCCUGUUCGAGUCGGAGGGAAAUAUUCUGGAUAAUGAGGAGCUUAUUAACACACUGAAUGAUUCUAAGGUGACAUCAGGCCACAUCAAACAGCGUCUAGCCGAGGCUGAGUUGACUGAAGAAAAGAUUAGUGCUGCCCGUGAGAAAUACCGUGUUGUUGCCACGCGAGGCUCGGUGAUGUACUUUGUGGUGGCAGAUAUGGGUGGGGUCGAUCCUAUGUACCAGUUCUCACUCAAGUACUUCAAAGCGCUCUUCAACAUGACAAUAGAAAACAGUGAGAAAUCUAGCGAUUUACCAACACGAUUGGAAAUUUGUCUGAGAGAGACAACACUGUCUAUCUACAAAAAUGUUGCCAGAGGCCUGUUUGAAAAAGACAAGCUUGUAUUCUCAUUCAUGUUGUGUGUGGAGAUUAUGAGAAAUGCAGAGGAGAUCUCAGUUCCUGAAUGGAACUUCUUCCUGCGUGGGGCAGCAGGCUUGGACAAGGAACGCCCACCAAAACCAAGUGUGGGCUGGAUCAAUCGCAAUGUUUGGAACCAGGCAUGUGAUUUGAGUGAUGCCAUAAAAGCAUUCCGGGGCAUCUAUAACGACCUCACCAAGACCCCAUGUUGGAUCAGCUUAGGAGAAAGCUUGGUCCAUGCUAAUCCUGAAAGUGAUCCAGAAUGGACCGAGCCGGACCCGCCACUAGAGGGCGAAGAGGAAGAUAAUGUUGAUGACGGGCAGGUGAAAGGCCACUGGGACAAGAGGCUGACCAGUUUCCAGAAACUUAUGUUUAUUAAGGUCUUUAAGGAGGAAAAGACCAUAUUCGGCGUCUCAGAAUUUGUCCGUGAAAAUCUGGGCAAGGCAUUUGUGGAAUCUCCAAACGUCGCUCUACAAACAUUAUAUGAUGAUAUGACGAAGGUGUCGCCACUAGUGUUUGUGUUGAGUACAGGGUCAGACCCAAUGGGAGCAUUCCUGAGGUUUGCCAGAGAGAGGGGAUCCACAGACAAAGUUCAGUCUAUUUCUUUGGGUCAAGGUCAAGGUCCUGUUGCUGAGAAGAUGAUUAAGGCAGCCAUCAUAAGUGGAGACUGGAUUUUCCUGCAGAACUGUCACUUGGCUGCUUCCUGGAUGUUGGCGCUUGAAGAGCUGGUGAAAGAAAUAUCAGAAAAACCUGACAUGAUUCACGAUGAAUAUCGACUCUUCCUCAGCUCCAUGCCAACCAAUCGAUUCCCUGUCAGCGUGUUGCAGAACAGCGUGAAGGUCACAAAUGAGCCGCCAAAAGGACUUAAGGCCAACACAAGAAGAGCUUUUGCAGAGAUCACACCCAACUUCUUCGAGGACCAUGUUCUUGGAUCAGACUGGCGGAGAAUUAUCUUCGGGGUCUGUUUCUUCCACGCGAUUAUUCAGGAGCGCAAGAAGUUUGGACCACUCGGAUGGAAUAUCAAGUACGAGUUUAAUGACAGCGACAGAGAAUGCGCUCUUCUGAAUCUACAAAUCUUCUGCCAAGAGGGGCAUAUCCCAUGGGAUGCACUGGAAUACAUUACUGGGGAGAUAACUUACGGAGGUCGUGUGACAGACAGCAAGGAUCAGCGAUGUCUGAGAACCAUCCUGAAGACGUUCUUCUCUCCCCUACCCUGCAGGAGGACUACAAGUACUCCCCUUCAGGCAUCUACUUUGCCCCUCUUUGUCCCAAGUUGGAUGAGUUCCGUGAAUACAUUGAUGGACUUCCAUUGAUAGAUCUGCCAGAAAUCUUUGGCAUGCACGAAAACGCUAACAUUGCAUUCCAGACCCAAGAAACCCAAAACCUGAUCAACACAAUCCUAGACGUUCAACCAAGACUGUCGAGUGGUUCCUCAGGGAAGUCUAACGAUGAGAUUGUGUACGAGCUUGCCGAUAGCAUUCUUG